GUCUUGCACAUAUCAGCCGUAAUUGUAUCAAUACUGGCAAGACAAAACGCAAGUCAAUCAUGAGAGUAGACAAGAGAGUAGACAAGAGAGAAGACAGUUGAUACAAUAGUCGAUAGUAGUAAAUAACCGUUAUUUAUUCGUUAAAAAUUACUAUUGUAUCCUAUCAGUGGAGUUAUCUACCUUGAAAACAUACAACCAAGAUGUGUGGUGGAUCAAGCUGCUUACAGUCAAUUAUUGCACCAUCUGCAUUAGCAAGUGAUUUCGGUAAAUUGGCAAGUGAAUGCCAGAGAGUACUCGACGAUGGCGCAGACUGGUUACACAUGGACGUCAUGGAUGGUCAUUUCGUGCCAAACAUUACUAUGGGUGCACCUGUACUCGAAUGGGUGAAGAAAGCAAUUCCAGACAUCAAAAUGGAUUGUCAUAUGAUGGUUGCUAACCCUCUCCAAUGGGUUGAACCUGUAGCCAAAGCUGGAGGAUAUCAAUACACAUUCCAUUAUGAAGCUACUGACGAUCAUAUGGCCGUCAUAAAGGAGAUUAAGAAGCAUGGUAUGCGCGCAGCUAUAGCGCUCAACCCAUCAACACCUGCGAGCGUACUCAGUGAUGAGCUCAUUGCUCAACUUGACAUGGUACUCGUUAUGACAGUAUGGCCAGGAAAAGGUGGUCAAAAGUUCAUGCCUGAACAGAUGCCAAAACUUCGCAACUUGCGUGAAAGAUACGCAAAAUUAGAUUUACAAGUCGAUGGUGGUGUUGGACCAAAAACAAUCGACGAGUGUACACAAAGCGGUGCAAAUGUCGCCGUUGCGGGUACAGCUGUCUUCGGUGCACAGGACGUCAAGCAGGCUAUACUUGACAUGAGGAAAUCCAUUGAUGGUCAAAUUGCAAAGGAAUAUAAAUAAUGCAUUACUCUUUCUAAUCUUAUGAUAUUCUGCAAAUUGAUGUGAGAGGGUAUUCAUCUUGUUAAUGCUUGCGUUUUUGGCGGUAUCUGCUAUCGUCUUCUUCCGAG